AUGUCUGAUCCUUCAUCAUCACGACGGUUUAUUUCCAUAAUCUUCACUACCAUUGCCUUCUCUUCCAUCCAUCUCUCAUCUUCAAUACCUUUUAUUGUAUUCCAUGGAAUCGGAGAUCAGUGCUCCAACAGAGGAGUCAAACAUUUUACCCAGGAACUCAGCGAGUGGUCCAAGUCUAAAGGAUAUUGCAUAGAAAUUGGUGAUGGAGCAUGGGAUUCCUGGUUUAUGAACCUUCAGGAACAAACAGAAAUUGCUUGCAAUAAGGUGAAGCAAAUGGAAGAACUCCAACAUGGCUACAACAUUGUUGGCCUCUCACAGGGUAACUUAAUCGGCAGAGGUGUUGUGGAGUUCUGUGAUGGAGGACCACCAGUGAAGAAUUUUAUCUCACUAGGCGGACCUCAUGCUGGUACUGCUUCAGUUCCUUUAUGUGGUUCUGGCAUCUUUUGCAUUAUAGCCGACAAUCUAAUCAAGUUAGAGAUAUACUCGGACUACAUUCAAGCUCACUUGGCUCCCAGUGGGUAUCUUAAGCUACCAAAUGAUAUUUCCGGGUACCUGAACAAAUGUAGGUUUCUCCCAAAGCUUAAUAAUGAACUCCCUGAUGAGAGAAACAACACUUACAAGGAGCGGUUCAGUAGCUUGCAGAACCUUGUUCUUAUUAUGUUUGAACAUGACACUGUUUUAAUACCAAAGGAAACAUCCUGGUUUGGAUAUUAUCCAGAUGGAGCCUUUAAUCCAGUGUUGCCCCCGCAGCAGACUAAGCUAUAUACCGAGGACUGGAUUGGAUUGAAAACCUUGGAUGAUGCUGGAAGGGUGAAGUACAUAAAAGUAGCAGGAAAUCAUCUUGGAAUCUCCAAAGAUGAUAUGAAGAAGUAUGUUGUUCCUUAUUUGGAUGAUGCAUCAAAAGGCCAUGUGGAGGAAGCUCAUGCCAGCACAGUGAAAAACCAGAACGAGGGAUCAGUGGAGAUAAUAUCUGACGCCUCAUAUUAUAGGUGGCCAUCGCCAAUCAAGAGCUUCUUUGGAGAACUGUUUGGCAUUACUAAAGACGAGUAA